AUGACAACCCUCAAAGGCCCCGGCGAAGCCAAAGCCUACGACGGCUCCAACCUCCGCAUCGGCAUAAUCCACGCCCGCUGGAACACCAAAAUCAUCGACGCCCUCAUCGCCGGCACCAAGAAAUCCCUCACAGCCGCCGGUGUCAAGGACGAAAACAUAAUCCUCCAAUCCGUGCCCGGCUCCUACGAACUCCCCUACGCAACGCAGCAAAUGAUCCAAGCCGGGCAAACACAGCAAACCCGCGCCGGCGUGCUCCUCCAAUCCGCUACGGACCUCCUCUCCUCCUCCACCGCCGAUCUGUCCCUCGAGGGUAAGAAAGACAAAGACCCCCCGUCUACGAGGUCGUUUGAUGCGGUGAUAAGUAUUGGCGCCCUGAUCAAGGGGAGCACGAUGCAUUUUGAGUAUAUCAGUGAUGCGGUGAGCCAUGCGUUGAUGAAGGUGCAGAUGGAUACGGGGUGUCCGGUGAUUUUUGGGUUGUUGACGCUGUUGACAGAGGAGCAAGGGUUGGAGAGGGCGGGGAUUGAUGAAGCGGGGAAGGGACAUAAUCAUGGGGAGGAUUGGGGCGCUGCGGCGGUGGAGUUGGGGGUGAAGAAGAGGGGGUGGGCUGGGGGGGAGUUUGUGGAGUAG